AUGGGAACAUUACGGGCUGAGAAUAAGUGGUGUUUGCCAACAGCAAUUGCUUUUUCAAAGGUGUGGGCUACAGCCUCAGAUGUGAAGCCACAGCCACCAACAGACUUUGUUUGGGAAGAGCAGAGCAGAUUCCGGUGGAGUCCAGACUGCACAACCAUCCUGGGCAAACCCAACGGCGAGGCUAUCGCCUGGUAUACUCCAAUUCACUGGAAGCAAGCUUGGGAGAAGUUAGAGACUGACACUGAAUUCGAGAGAUGUUCAGUCACCACCCCAUCACUGCGAAGCCAUAUGUUUUGGUGGAUGACAUCUGUGACUUCCAUAAGUAACGAAGGACAAGGUCUGCUGAAGAAAGAGUCCCCUAAGUGUCAGCUAGAAGUGGUCCAGCCUUCACUCACAAAGGACAUGGAAAUCCCACCAACCAUUUUCUCCAACUCCAGCCCUUGGUGUCGCAGUCCCUACACCCCUCCACAUCCUUACUGUUCUCUGAUUGAACCGUACUACUCAGAUGUUUCUGAGAGCAACUUGAGGCCACAGCUCAAGUCUCAACCAACCAAUCGUGACCCAGCCACAGAACUGGAAUGUCUGAUAUCAGAUGUCUAUGACUGGCAGAGUAUCAGUCAUCAGGGUAUGGAUCAGUGGGUAACGUGCUUCCUAUGCGAACCUGAGGACCUGAGGAUGGGUCCCCAGUACCACAUAAAAAGCUUAACAUG